UUUCGUGUAUUUAAUCAUAAAGGUUGGAUUCCCAAAACUACAUUCAAAAGUGAUCUAAUUCAACAGAUCGUGUGAUGAACAAAGUUUUGUCGAGCGGCAGUGAGAGUAUACAGCACUUAUGAAAAAAGGAAUAUUCUAGAAUCUUGACGAUGCUACAGUAUACGAAGGGGCACAGUAUACUGUGACCAUGCUGUUUGGCUUUUACUUGUUCUCUGAACCAGCCUGUAUAUUUAUAUCCAUACAUAUAACUAUAAACAUUGAUAACAACUAUAGGCAUACGGUUUGAAAUGACAUAAUAAUAUUAAGUGGAAUAAUUCAAAACUUAUUCCAUGAUUUACUAGCUAUGGACGAUAAUGUAAUGUCUGGAAACAAUCCUUGGUCGGAUCUCUCAACGGUUACAACCUUUGAUAGAGGUAAUGAUUCAUGGACUACCUGUAGAAUGGACGAUUACAAGGAAGUACAACCCAGUGGUCAAGUUGUAGGCAGAGUUUCUCCAUCGACUAGUUUGCUUAUCGAAGCUUUAAUACAACAACUCUGCACUUUAUUCGAAGGAGAUCAUACACGCAGGAAUAAACUAUAUUAUGCCAUCUGUGAUAAACUACACGAGAUGAAGCUGAUCGAUGGAUCUUAUAACAUGGAAGAACUUGAAUUAGUUAGAAGUCAGUAUCAGCGUGCGUUGUUCCAUCUGGUCACCGUUGCAAGAGCGUCAACAGGUUCUGAAAGUGCCUUGCAACUUCCAAGUGCCCUGAUGACAGAGUGGUCACGCUAUGGACAUGAGUUUGAGGAGACCGGCUUUAUAUCAAAAGGUGGAUUUGGUAAUGUUUUCAAAGCUCGUCAUCGACUCGACGGUACUGAAUAUGCGAUAAAAAAAGUGGUAGUGCCAUCACGCAGGGUUCAGAACAUUAUGCAGUACCUUGAAGAAGUGAAAACAUUGGCUGCCCUGAAUCAUCCUAAUAUUGUGCCCUAUAAGGGGGCUUGGAUUGAGCCAACGCUUCUUUCGACUUUUGUAAAAAAUUUGUCGUCUGGUGAUGAAUACGAAGCGUUACAUAUAUCGGAAAAAGUUUCAAGUAUGCAGGCUCAAAAGGUUCGUAAAAAUGGUCGCGUGACCGGCUACGUAACCAGUUCAGACUCUGAGAUAAAAGUAAACGUGGAAAAAACUAAAAGCUAUAAAAAUUGGUUGGGAAACUCUGGAAGUAAAGAUAUUGAUCAAAGAAUGUUAGAAAAUGAACUCGAUGCUCAUAUCUCCGAGAAAUCGUACUCUAGCAUUGUCUCCUUUAGAGGGGAUUAUGAGAGCAGCAAAAGUUUCGAGCGAGAGGAGGACAAAAGCUUGAUGCCUGAAAGUAAUCCAAUUGAUGAUGUUGAGGACAGUGAAUCGCCCGACGAAUCAAUUUCUGGUCAACAAAUAUGCCACUAUACUUCAAAAAUGAGCUCCAAUAAUUUGUACACAUUGUACAUACAAAUGGCGCUCUGCGAGCAGACGCUUCGGGAAUGGCUGGAUAACAGAGUGGAAUCGGUACCACAACCUCUGAUCACUGUAAUACUUACACAAAUCCUCUCUGGAUUGGAUUACAUUCAUUCCCGCGGCGUGGUUCAUCACGAUAUCAAGCCGAGCAAUAUUUUUAUAUCGACAACUGAUCACCUACAAAUUCAAUUGGGGGAUUUCGGAUUGGCCUGUGCAUUACAGAGAGAUAAUCACCAUUCCGUCUUUGGAACACACAUGUAUGCCGCACCAGAGCAAUUACGUGGCAAAUGCAAUCCAAAGAGCGAUAUUUACAGCUUGGGAAUAGUACUUGUAGAACUUCUAAUGCUGAUGAAAACUCGAAUGGAACGCAGUAAAGUCAUCACAGCCCUCCAGUCUGGUCAGAUCCCAGAAACUUUGAAGACUAAUCAUCCGAAGUGGGCUUCGAUAUUGACUCAAUUGGUUCAUCCAGACCCGGGUGCACGUCCAACGACAAAACAGCUUUUACAAGAGCUCAGCGAAGACAAGGACUUGAUAAUAGCAAAACUUAAAAAUGACAAUGAUGAGAAAAGUUUAAUAAUACGAAGGCAACAGACAAAAUUAGAUCAACAGGAAGCCGAAAUAGCAAGACUGAAAAAUUUGUUGGAAAACACUUGAUAACAUCUACAGGAUUAGCAGAUCUUUUAUCAUAGCAUGUUCCUGCAACUCAUACGCCAUGUACAACGAUAAGUUUAGAUAUUUAUUGAUCUUUAUUUAUAGAUUGAAUAAUAAUGAAUAUGAAAUGAA